UCUUAUCCUUUUCCAUAGUUUAAUGGCAGAAUAUUUAAUGUUUAUGUAAUAUAUUUGAGAUUUAUAUCAGCUCAUGUUAUUAAACACAUAUAAAUUUAACUUAUUUUAAUCGACAUAUUUAAAAUGCAAAAAAUGAUAAUUUAAACAAAAAAAUUGCUGUAUUGUAGUGCAAUUAAGUGAUAUGUGAAAAUUAUUAAUUCCGAUAUAAAAAAAACAUUACAAAAUACAAAUACCUGAAUAAUUAUAUAGAGAUUAUGGCUAUUAUGUACUUACAAUGUCAGGCGAAAGUUUCAAUUUAUAUACUAUUGAUCCUUUUUCUUGUAGCAGUAAUGAAAUAACGACAGCGAGAGUACGAUUAGAUCUAUGUAUGUACGCGUUUCUCUUCAUAACUUUACAUUGCGCAAAGUAAUUAAGAUUAUAAAGAGAAUAAACGAAAACAUUAUACAGUGAGCGUGAUAACGCAUUUUUCCCAAUUCGCAAGUUUUAUAAGAACAAUUUUUCCAUAAAUAAGCUAUGUAAUGUACAACUAUUUUUAAGAACAAAAUAAAUAACGAGAUUUAUUUCGAAAUUGACUUACAUUUUUCUCUAAAUUACUUAAUUUUGUGCGCGCGCGCAAAAUUCUCUUAGAAAAUAAUUUUCGAAAAAAAAUAAUUAAUUGAUAUAUCAUAUGUGAAAGAUUUAAGUCAAAAUAUAAAUUAAAUGAUAUGGUAUCGCAUUUACGAGAGAUAAAUCAUGAAGAAAUAAGAGAGCGCGGCUCUUUUUGCGUGACAAUUGUUCCAGAUGCAUGAGCAUCAUCAGCCGUUUCGUUCUCUUUAAUCCUAACAGAACAUCUCUGCUGGAAAUAAUAAUGUCCCCUGCAGCACAUCCGUUGAUCAUUGUCAGACACUUUCUGAAUUACGGAUACGCAAGAAGCGUAGGAGUAUAGAAGCUGGAGCUUCCAUUACUCAAUUACAGACGAUACAAAUCACGGAUGAGGAUGAAGUGCGUUUUUCUCGUGCACGAUAUAACAAAGUAAAAAUAACGCGACAUUUGUAUAAUCAAAUAUGUUUGCACGCAAUACGUUUCGCAUUCUAUGUUCCAUAUUUUUUCUGGACUUCUUUUUCAUUAAUGUGGCAGAAUGGGUGGACAUGCCGCAAUUCUCGGACGAGAACAAGAUUUAUAGGAUACCUUCUGUCCAGGACCAGUUUUACAAAUUUAGACGCGCUGACAUUAAUUCCUUUCCCGAUAAUCAACGAAACAGCAGUCAAACUUAUGACAAUUAUCCUAUUAAAACUGUAGAUCUGAUGGAUGAGAAAAAAAGUGAGAUUAAGAAAAUAAAUUCUGUCAUAAUGUCGACGACAUUAUCGAAUUUACUUCCCGAACAAAUAGGCGAAAAUUUGACAAAGAUCAGUAAACAUCGCCCGACAACGAGAAGUGAUAUUUCUGUGACUGAGAAUAAAUUAAGUAACAGAUAUAAUACAAUUUCACCGACAAAGGAUACGACGGGAUUUAAUACAUUUACAACUCAAUCAUCGCCGACUAUUACUACUACGCACAAACAAGAAGAAACACGAGAUAAAUACUACAACUACACACUGAAAAGGGACGAUGGUAUAUUUCAAUAUUUGCCCAUAGACGUACUUAAGAAUGUUCAUCGUACCCUGAAGUCGCAGCCAGUGUCAUUCGAAGGAAAACUUCACUUUCUCAAAAUGUUUGAAAAAACAUUAAUGUCGGAAAUAGAGUCUCGCCUCACCGCUACCAUGUCGCCAAGUCGAAAAGUAAGAGGUGCGGAUUAUCACGGACAUGGCUAUGACGGUCACGAUGAUCAUUCCUUAGGAUUUCCAUCGAUAGAAGGAGCCCUGAUGGCUAUAUCAUUCCUCACGUUUGCCGUUUAUCUUGUUCGAUUAGUAAUGCUCCUGUUUCGGAAUAUGAGUAAUACUGUGACAACUACAACAGCUGCAACGGUUUUUCUUGGUAAAAGAAAAAGAUCCACUGAUCUCGAUGACGACGCCGCUAGAAUACUUAAUAAUAUGAAUAGUUUUGUUUCUGACUUUUAAAUUUGAAUAUUUUGUAGUGGGAAUACAAUUAUAGAGAGUGAAUGAUUCAAUGUGAAACAUAAUAUGUCGAAAAAAGAGAAUAAAAUGUUUUUUAAAAGAGAGAAAAAGUAAUAAAUGCGAAAGUUAAUAUCUUUCAUCUAUUUUUUAAACUUGCAUAAUUUUUAGUAAAGUGUGUGUGACCAAUCGAUAAAUUUAUUUCAAAAUAAUAAUUUAAAUAUGGAUGAAAAUUUAAGUCCGCUUAG